AUCUCUCUCUCUCUCUCUCUCUCUCUCUCUCUCUCUCUCCUUCGUCGUUUUUUGGCUGAGUUUUAGUCGUCGAUCAACGUGAAACCUUUGGAUCUCUAUCUUUUGAAUCCUCCUUGUUGGGUUAUCUCUGCUGUUCUCCCUUUGAAAGUCCCUUGCUGAUUGUAGCAUAAAGUAGGAAAAAAGAAGGCCUAGCAUCCUGCUAGGCUUAUGAUGAUACUUAAAACGUACCCUAAGGACAGCAGACAAAGUGUCGGGAUUGAGGUUUGCCAUAUUGUUUUUCUUACUGCUAAGUAUGAAAAGUGAGACGACAACCUCAGAUCCUCAAGAAGGGUCUUCCCAUGGUGGUCAGAAAGGGAGACACGGGAGGACAUGUGGCCCUGCAAGACGAUCCACCAAGGGACAAUGGACGAUGGAGGAGGAUGAUAUCUUGAGAAAAGCUGUUGAGCAAUUUAAUGGAAAGAACUGGAAGAAGAUAGCUGAGUGUUUUAAGGACCGGACUGAUGUCCAGUGUCUCCAUAGGUGGCAGAAAGUCUUAAACCCAGAACUUGUGAAAGGGCCAUGGUCAAAAGAGGAGGAUGAGAUAAUAAUUGAACUAGUUAACAAGUAUGGGCCAAAGAAAUGGUCUACAAUUUCUCAGCAUUUACCCGGCCGCAUUGGAAAGCAAUGUAGUGAAAGGUGGCAUAAUCACUUGAAUCCUGCCAUUAACAAAGAGGCAUGGAGUCAGGAAGAGGAACUGACUCUUAUCCGGGCGCAUCAGAUUUAUGGAAACAAAUGGGCAGAGCUGACAAAGUUCCUACCAGGGAGGUCCGACAAUGCAAUAAAAAAUCACUGGAACAGUUCGGUUAAGAAAAAGUUGGAUUCAUACUUGGCAUCAGGUCUUUUAGAUCAGUUUCAAAGCUUGCCUCUCGCUGCCCCUCAGAACAUGUCUAUCCCUUCAUCGUCUUCGCUGGUGAAAAGUAGUGGAGACAAAGGUGGUGUAAUACCUGGAGUUGAUGCAGAAGAAUCUGAAUGCAGUCAGGGUUCAACCAUUUUUGGUUGUUUACAGUCUACCAACGAUUUACCGGAUGAGGUGAAGCCUGUAAAUGAGGAAUUAUACUUUCCUGAAAUGCCAUGUGGAAUCGAGCAACAAAUCUCGACAUCCACAUCAUGUGCAGAACCACACUACCCCACCUUUGAAGACGUCAUGUUCAUUGUUCCAGAAAUAUCAUGUGAAGCAGAAUACUCAACAAAGUUUUCAAAUCCAAAUUGCUCUCAUGAGAUUGAAACUUCUACAGCCAUGGAAUUUCAGUUAAAUCUGCAUGGUGUACCUAAAGAUACCAAGCAAGAGCUUUGCCAAGACUCAAGUUUGUUGACUCAUUGCAUGGAUGUAGAUGGAAAAGAUGAAGUGACCGGAACAGUUCAAACUUCAGUUGAAUUAAGAGCUCCACCUUCUAUACCAAGUCUGGAUAAAGGUUCUCCACCACAAUCUCAAGUUUUGAUCACUGAUGAGGAGUGUUGUAGGGUCCUUUUCCCAGAUACCGUGAAGGAUGAAUGUACUUCCUCUGGGGCUUCUGAGCAAGGUCCAAGUGUAGUUAGCUCUCAAGAAAAAAAGGGGUCUUUUUGUCAUCUGUCAUCAGAAACGCAAGCUCAUGAAACUGGCAAAAUCUCAGCUUUGUCCUGCCAUCCUUCAAGUUUGGAUGUUAUGGAAAGCCGUCAGCAUGUUGCUUUGUUACUUCCUGCAGACAAGGAUUUGGAUUUAGACUGUAAGGCACCCGAUCAAGGCUAUUAUCUGCUUGGAGCUAAAGAGUCGGAACAUAAAACAGAUACAGAUGCUGACUUCAUUUACCUUGAGGGGCCUGAAAAUUCCCAUGGUAAUGGUGAUUACAAUGGUAACUCAGAUCCGCAUGACCUAUCAUAUAUUCCAAAGGAUACCUUGAAAUUAGUCCCUGUGAAUAGUUUUUCUUCUCCUCCUCCUCCUAGAGUAAACCGGAUUUUCUUUCCUAUUAACAACAAGCCAGAUGAUAAAGACACGGGGGCUCUAUGUUAUGAACCUCCCCGUUUUCCAAGUGCAGAAAUUCCUUUCUUUAGCUGUGAUCUUGCACCAUCAAGUAGUGAUUUACAGCAAGAGUAUAGUCCCUUUGGCAUCCGCCAGUUAAUGGUCUCUUCCAUGAAUUGUAUGGCUCCAUUUAGGUUAUGGGAUUCACCAUCUCGAGAUGGUACCAAUGAUACUGCAAAAUUCUUCAAUGGUCCACCAUCCAUCUUAAAGAAGAAGCGGCAACGUGACUUAUUGUCACCCUUGCUCGAUAGGAGAAAAGACAAAAAGCUUGUAAGAGAUGUAGCAUUCUCCUUGGCUAAAGAUUUUUCACGUUUAGAUGUCAUGCUUGAUAGGAGAGAUGAUUGCACAUCUGAAUCUCCUUGCAAUAGAAAUGCACCUUAUGAAGGCAAAGAAAGUAGGGCUUGUGGAACUGGUGGUUUAGCUCAAGAAUCAGUAGUUUCAGAUGUUAAAGACCUAAAGGAAACCUCUGAUUCUCAGAAUAAGGCAGAGGGAGUGACUUCUACGACAAAUGCAGAGGCAUGGAAUGGGGGCAAUGCUUCCGUACAAAAUGACCUCGAAAAUUCUGGAAUUCUUGUUGAGCAUAAUAAUAAUGAUCAUCAAGAGUUUUCUCCGAAUCAAAAUGGAACUAAAGCAGACAAAAACACGAUGUCAAACACAAAAACUCCAAUAAACCGAUACAAAAAUUCCCUAGGUACUCCAAGACGGGGAAAUCCUUCAGAACCUCCUCGCCCUGCAGAAUCUGUCCCCUCAUCUGCUACCAAAGGGAAUAAGACUGACGUUGCAGAGAAUGGAAGCUUUGAAAAUCUUGGAAUAUUCAAUGGAACCCCGUUUAGAAAAAGCCUAGAAUCUCCUUCCGCAUGGAAGUCACCUAUGUUCUUCAGUUCUUUCUUCUCAAGUCCAACGUUUCCUACAGAAAUGACAAUUGAGGAUAUCGGGUGCCUUAUGAGUCCUGGGGGGAGAAGCUAUGACGCCUUAGGACUGAUGAAGCAUUUGAGUGAACACACUGCAGCAACAUAUGCGGAUGCUUUGGAGGUUUUGGGUAAUGACACUCCCGAAACCAUACUCAAGAAGAGGCAGCUUAGAAAGUCUAAUCACGGUAAAGAAAACCAGUAUCAUCCCCAUGAUGAUCAGCUAGAAAAUCAUUCCCAUACAGCGGCUUCAACUGUUACAUUUAUUCAGAGCCAAGUUGCGGAAAUCGUGAUGCAGGUGGAGCGGCGUACGCUGGACUUCAGUGACUGCGGGACACCAGGGAAAGCAAAGGCUUCCUCCUCUGUUUCUGCAAGCCCCUCAUCUUUCCUCUUGAAGAGUUGCAGAUAGAGAGAAGGUUUGUUGUUUUGUUCAUAUCUCUCAGAGCAAAACCCCAUUCAGAUUCUUGCCAUUUAUAUCUGUAGAUUGUUAUUAUUCUCCUCCCAUGCAUGUAUGUGUUCUUUUUCCAACCCUUUCUU